AUGAAGUGGGAAGUGGAAAUUCUAUCUCCAUCGUACUUUUCCAGCACGAACUGGCUAAGAGAAGAGAGCAAGAGCACAAAAUGGACUCCAGCAGAGAACAAGGCGUUUGAGAAUGCUCUCGCAGUUUAUGAUAAGGACACUCCUGAUAGAUGGCAAAAGGUGGCAGCUAUGAUUCCAGGGAAGACAGUAGGGGAUGUUAUCAAGCAGUAUAAGGAAUUAGAACUUGAUGUUAGCUACAUAGAGGCAGGUCUGAUUCCAGUUUCUGGAUAUGGCACCUCUCUAUUCACACUGGAUAGGGUUAAUGGCAAUGGAUAUGAUGGUUUCAAACAAUCUUAUGGCCUUGGUGGAAAGAGAUCCUUAACAGGUCGACCUGCUGAUCAGGAGAGAAAGAAAGGAGUUCCAUGGACAGAGGAAGAGCACAAGCUGUUUCUGAUGGGCUUGAAGAAGUAUGGCAAAGGGGACUGGAGAAACAUAUCUCGCAAUUUUGUUAUCAGUAGAACGCCGACUCAGGUGGCUAGUCAUGCACAAAAAUAUUUUAUCAGGCAGCUCUCAGGAGGGAAAGAUAAGAGAAGAGCUAGUAUUCAUGAUAUAACAACUGUCAAUCUCAACGAAGCGAGAACUCCUUCACCGGACAAUAUAAGAUCUCCACCUGAUCAAUCUGGUGCGAUUUCUCAGCAGCCCAAUUCUGCUGCCAUUCCGAGAACAAAUUUCCAAUGGAAUCAACCCAACAGUGGAGCAACCAUGGGUUUUAAUUCAACAAAUACGAACAUGUUCAUGUCUUCUCCUUAUGGGAUUAACUCAUAUGGGCUUAAAAUGCAAGGCCAAAAUCUGCAUAGAGGUGCUGUUCAUGACUCUUACUUUGGACAGCAAACCAUGGGUUUUCAGAUGCAAUCUGCGCAACACUAUCCUCAUGGAUGA